AGGAUUCAGCUUGAAAAUCAGAGCAGUUCUUUGAAUCCAGCACAAAGUGCAGAGGCCAUACAACUCAGUGGGAUGUCAGAUGAAAACGGAGAUAGAAGACUCGACCUCGACACAACACAACAUCCUCGCAGGACGGAUUGUGGAUACACAAUGUUGAAUCAGUGCACAAUGGUAAGUCCAACUUCUUAUGUGAAGGAUUUACAACUUAGAGGGUGUCGAUAUUUGAUGCCCUACAACCAGUGCCUGGGUAUUGGCACAAAAUAGUGCUGUGUUCACACCUUGAGUACCCGAUAUGUAACAGUGCAAUUUUACUCCAUUUCGCUCUGUUAGACGCCAUUUUGAAACUUAAGCUUAGCAUGGGAGUAAAAACAGUGGAUAACCCUGGAGCCAUCAAAAACGACGUUUAUACAGGGACUUGGUGCCCACUUAAUUAGUGCCAGAGUACAGUAUGCACUCGGGAACGGGCACCGUGCCCGAAUUUUGGCCCGGGUACUUGAAAAAAAGUUUCACAUUUAUCCUCAACGAGUACCAUGCUGGCAGCAAUUGUGAACGCUGCCUUGAAUAACUGUGAUUUAAAGAAGAAGAAGAGGACGCUCCUAGGGUUACUUAUCAUUGUAUCUUUUCUCAGUUACACUAUAUACUUUUUAAUCAUUUUGAAAUGGUUACAGUAUUUAAGCUUAUAGAGACGAACGUUGAGCUUCGGGGCUGGCGUCUGACAGCAUGACUAUUAAUCUGGUAAUUAUUUAUUCUUUUAGUUUCCUUUUCUAACUAAUUCUUUCUUUCAUUUAUUCCAGACACAAAGUGAAAGAGUCUACUCGUCCCUU